AUGCCACUUCGAUGGUUGCCCUCUCCACAGGGAUGGGGUUGGUUACAGAGCGCUAAUGGCAUGGCGCAGGCAAGUGAUAUCUACAGCGAUCCCACCUUCGGCCUCACAUCCAUGAAGUUUCGGAUGUUCCUUCUGCUCAUUGUGCUUCUUUGGGGCCUGGCAGCGGUGGAAGAGUUCCGUUGCAUUCUGGUUUGGUGGAAUGUUUUGCUGGCACUUCCACCGCUUUCGCAACCAUGCAUCAUGGGCAAGGUCGAGGAGGACGGCGAGAACAAUUUGGAGGUCUGUGGCAUACAUCGCCGCAGCCGCUGGAUCAACAUCUCGCUGAACCUCCUGCCGCGAACAGUUCUGCAAUGCUUGAUCUUUUAUGUUGGAAUCAAGUAUCUCCUGUCUGUUCGGAACGUUUCCGACUUGAUCCUGAACAGCCUGGCCUUGACCUUUCUUGUCACAGUGGACGAGAUGCUUUUCGAAGCUUUCGCCUCUGAGACAGAUGCGGCUCUUAUCCGCAGAUGCAAGUCCAUCCACGGCCGCUCCGUUGCCUGUGUGGAUCGGAUGCUUUCGUUCACACGCUCAACAGUCGGUUUGUGGAUCUUCGCCCCGAUCUUGUUGGUUAUCUGCUAUAAUGUCAUCGAAGAUGCAGCCCAAACGUUCUUGCAGGCUCGUGCGACAUACUGCCUCUGUGACAUCAGGGGGGAGGACUGCCUCAGCCACCAGCUGCAACACGUCCUAUCGCCUGAGUGA